UUUUCUUGCAGUUGCGCAGCCAAUUUUUAUAAGACUUUACCGUUGGGCGAAAUCAACUGACAGGACAAGGCGGCUCCUCAUUGGCGUAUAGGUGUUAGUUGAGGCGAUACUCAAUGCACAAGCAAGUGGCAAGUAAUAGUUGGUGGCCGAGAGGCAACAAAAUAAAUUUUCCCACCCUCUACUCCUUCGCAACUUCACCUCAACACUCAUGCAGAUCAACGUUGCAACUCGACGCGCUGCCAGAUCUUUCAAUAGCAUAACAUGAUACGAGGACCUCUAUCAGGACAGAAGGCGCGGAAACCAAACGCUCAAUGUCAACUUUCGUUCUACUUAUCAUUCAUUCGUUCGGGAUCCCACGAUUGGCAAUGCCCUUCCUCUAGACAUCCAUGUGAAGACACGGGAGAUCCGCAAUGAAAACUUAUUUUCCUAAGCUUGCCACAUCACCGAUUCUCUCAGCUCUUCUUGAGAGUGCGUGCGCUGGUGACAAGAGCCGCAGCCCGUCACUCUUUUUGAAAGAAGAAACCAUUUUGACAUCUUUGGAAUGUCUAAACUCGACAUAGGGCUACGGUAUAGUUUACGGUUUACGGGCACGGAAAUGCCGUAAUCGUACCGUAUGGUGAGGAUUUUGAGCUCUAAAGGUUACGGCGCCGUUUAAACGGUAUGCUGAAUACACACCGGCAGCCUUCCCCAGUGCCAAUGAAGAAUCAAGUUUGUGUUGGUCAGAAGCCAAUUGUCCGGAGUAGUCUCAGUAGAUUUAGAGAGGAAACGUUCUUGGGGCCAAAUAAAGAACUCACCGGUAAGUCGCCAAUCUGUUUCCUGUGCAGGAUCGACGACGACACUUCCAUUUAGUCGUAUUUUUUUUGGAAAACUAUACCCACGUCGUGCAUUCCUUACAUACGGCUACCUGUAUGGUUUAAAUUCGUACCGUAUGUGGAGGCCUCUCAGAUACUGAUACGGACCCGUAUGACCGGAACCGACGCAGCUCUCCUCUAGAGGGGUCCGACAGUGUAUAAAAGCCCAAAGUGCCAUCUUCCCUUCUUCUGUACCACCACCAUCUCCUUCACCUCCCGUCAUCGCCAAGACAGUCUCACAUACAUGGCCUCAGUCAACUCCGCCUCCUUCAAGAGCGUUCUCUCCCGCACUGGCGAGCAGCCCGUCAACCACAUGAAAGAUGUUGUAAACCGCGACCGUGCCCGAGCUCAGAAGCUCCAGAGCGGGAUGCAGCCCCACGGCCCUCUCGCUUUCCACGAACUUAGGAAGAAACCAGCUCAUCACGUCGGAGCGCCAGCCACCGAAGAUCAUAACAAUACGUCCGUGGACGUCACUGAUAGUGCUGUCACCUAUGUUAUGCCCGUAGCUAUCGGGAACCCUGCUACAACAUUCAGCCUUUUGAUUGACACGGGAAGCUCCAAUACCUGGGUUGGCGCUCAUAAAGGAUACACACCAACCUCAACGAGCCAGACACAAGGAAAUGAAGUUCAAGUGACUUAUGGAUCAGGAUCUUUCGUUGGUACUGAGUACACCGACACUGUCGCACUAUCUCCAAAUAUGGUCAUCCAGGAUCAAUCCAUCGGUGUGGCCAAACGCGCUCAAGGGUUUGGAGACCCUAACGUCCAUGGUAUUCUGGGAAUUGGUCCAGUUGUCCUCACUCAAAGCACUGUUAAAGACAUGCCCUCUGUCCCUACCAUCACGGACAACAUGCUCAGUCAAGGAAUUAUCAAAACAGAAUCUAUCGGAAUCUUUUUUGCUCCAACCCCUGACAAGAGUCAGAAUCUCGCUAAUGGCGAGCUUACUUUUGGUGCUGUUGAUGAGAGCAAGAUCAUUACACCCAUGAAAUAUGUCCCUAUCACCAAGACCUCUCCCGCCAACCGCUACUGGGGUAUCGAUCAGACCAUCAAGUACGAUGGAAGCGAAAUCAUGAGCAAAAGUGCAGGCAUCGUCGACACCGGAACAACCCUCAUCAUGCUCGCGACUGACACUCUCGAGAAGUACAAGAACGCCACUGGCGCUGUCUUCGAUCGGGCGACCGGACUUCUCACCGUCACUGAUGAACAGUUCAAGGAAAUGAAGAGCAUGGAGUUCCAUAUUGGUGGGACCACAUACGAGCUUACACCUAAUGGUCAAAUCUGGCCACGUGCAAUGAAUGCAUCGGUCGGUGGCCGCGCGGACACAAUCUACCUUGUAUUUGCCGACAUGGGACAACCCUCUGGAAGUGGACUUGAUUUCAUUAACGGUUUUGCUUUCCUGCAGAGAUUCUACAGUGUGUACGAUACGACCAAUAGCCGUGUUGGUUUCGCCGAGACACAGUUUACUCGUGCCGAAACCAACUAGGCAGUCGAUUGGCCUUCUUUUCAACCCUUACUUGUAUGAUGUCUGCAGGCUACAGACAGACUGUUCUGAAUUCGCUGUCGACACGGUAAAGUGUAGUUACCAAAUGAUACUCAAGCAUUUGACGGGACACUUCUCGACGCUCGAAGCUCGAAACCCGGAGCCCCCAUGUUUGUAUUGAGUACACAAGGCACGCUACGAUCUUCGACGGUGAUAACAAC